AUGCCCGGUCAAAUGAUCUCAAUCAAUGUCAAAGGUGGAGACGCCUUUUGCAUUCACAAAGACGUGCUGAUCAGGGGCUCACAAUACUUUAUGGAAGCCCUUGGUGGCCCAUUCGGUGGCGGUCAAACGAACACAAUUCACCUAGAUGACGUUUCCCCCGAUGACUUCGGUCUAUACGUUGGCGCAAUGUAUCCACUGGUUCUCUGCAAGAACAGCCUGGAGAUGCACGACAUAUGGCCCGUUGAUACACAAGGGAUGUCUAAAUACCACCCUUGGGCGAUGAUUCUGACCCUUUGGCACAUGGGGGACCGCUUUCGCGACCGUGGAGUUUUGGAGAUGGCAAGUGCAGAGCUUGUUGAGAAACUCGGGGAACUUUCAGUUCAGUUCUGGCAGGAUCUGUGCGAGCGAAGCUCGGAAGCAGAUCUGAAGGCGUUGAUGCUCAAUCUCCAAACAAUGUUCCGGAAGUGCAAAGAAGAGGGCUGGCCAUUCUGGCCAGGCUUCGUCGCAGCCGCUAGCAAUGCUCCACCUGAGAUUUUUGCUAUGUGCGUGGAGGAUCUGGAUGAUGAGGUGUUUCGGUUGGAGUUGACCAAGGCUUUUGCGUGGCGACACGCCGAGCUUGAGUCUACGAUCAAGCAAAGUCGAAUCGAUGAGCGAAGGGAGAAGCGUCAGAACAAGAGACAGAGACGCGUAUGA